AGUUCUCAUAUUCUGUCCUUCUCCAGACGAGUCUUGAAUCCAAAGGUUCAUUGGUUUUUCUACGCUGAAGAAAGUCCACAAAUGAUGACUUUCUGGGACCGAUCAAUUGGGAAGAUUGAGUAUCAUCACUCCAUCACCUACCACUCUGAAGCAGAUAUUAAACUUCCUUACGGCAAAUACUCGCCCAGCCACUCUGAACAAGUGACGUCAACUGAGCGGGACUGGUCAGCCAAUAAGACUGGCCUGAUAGCUUGGAUGGCCAGCCAUUGUAAAUACACCUACUGGCCUCGCUUUGAGUUUGUCACCGAGUUGAAGAGGCACGUCCCCGUGGAUGUGUAUGGAAAGUGUGGAACUGCACAAUGCUUCCCCAUCUUUGAUGACUUUGCAAGGAAUUGUACACAUGUCUUGGCACGGUACAAGUUCUAUCUUGCACUCGAGAAUUCCGAGUGUGAUGAAUAUAUCACAGAGAAAGUUUGGGAAAAUGCCCUUGCCGAGGGAGCAGUGCCAAUAGUUUACGGAGGCAGAAAGGAAACGUACCAACGACUUCUACCUCCAAAGUCCUUUAUUCACAUCGGAGAUUUUAACUCGACCAAAGCCCUUGCAGCGUAUCUCCAACUCCUUCACUCCAACAACAGCUUGUACAACGCCUACCAUGCUUGGAGAAAAUACGGUAGUUUGCAAGCCACGCAGUACCCACCCUUGGACCCCCAGCUUUUCUGUAAAACCGUACCCUUCACAUUGGCUCCGCCCCCUCAGUUUAAAAUGGCAAAGAACAGCGGCUACUUCAAGAAUUGCAGAAGUUUGCCCGGAGUCCAUGCCAAGCCAGGUUCCUUAAAAUCGUUUGUUCCAUGGAAGUAGGCCUUGCAAUAUAAUAUCAUCAAGUGACCCUCUCCUUUAGUGAUUUCACUGGUAUGUAUUCUAAUUUCUAAAUGUGUCCUUACUAGUCAGAGAGUAAAAGACACUGUAUCAUUCGUACUGUCAACUUAACAGGCCCAUUUUUAUCAUUUUAAAAUGCAAUCUGUCCCGUUUUUAUUUACAUAAUUACAUGUGACCUGAUGC